AUGCUAGCAACUACUGCAAUUGCAUCCAAAAGGCGAGACUCAGAAUCAAGCGCAAAAGCAAUUUCCUAUGAAGGGAUACAAAAGGACAGACCUAGCAUUCCCUAUGGUGCCGAUAAUUUGCUUACCCUUAUGAGUACCACGGACAUGAAUUUUGAUACGCUUCAUCAACCUACUAAAGAUGACGGAGCUCAGCCCAAUAUCAUGCCGGAUGAACCUCAACCCAUGCUCAAAUGUUCUCCAGAAGUUGUAGACGAUUAUAUUCGUAAUUUUCUUUUGCGUAACGGUAUGCUACGAACGCUGGAGAUGUUUGAGUCCGAGUGGUACGAACGCUUUGGUAAUCACAAUGAAACAGAAAAAGCACCACUUUUUAUCGUACCCGACAAUUAUGUGGAGAAUGCAACACUCCUGAACCGAAUUGAGGAACUAGAACAAAAUCUGCGACGACAUGCUGAACUAAACACAAAGACGACAAAACAAUGGUUGCAGGCGAAGAAAGACUGUGAGUUUCACCGUGUUCAUCACAGUCGAGUUGUGCAGGAAAAGAACAAACUUUCGAAGCUGCUUAAGCAGGCACAUCGACACACAGAAGGGAUCAACCCUACCAUUGUGGAAUUGCGACAACGGUACGAAGCCAUAUUAAAGUCAAAAACGUUGUUGGGCUUUGAGAAGGAAAAGCUGGAGCAACGUGUUCAUGAUUUGGAAACCCAGAUCUCUGUUUUGCAGUCGCAGCAGAAACUUAAGGGAGGAAAAGCUGAUCAGAGGGCUAAAACAGUCGUGAAGACAGCACUCGACAGGGUGACAACCACUGAUUUUCCCAAGAACGUUAGUGGUGGCCCCAAGGCAACUCUGGGGAUGGCAGCCUCUACCAUUCCAGGGCCCCGCCGUAAUGUUGAGGCACGCAGCCCAGCCGCUCUGAUGCCAAUGGAUUCUAAGUGUGAAACCGCAUCAUUCCCUCACGACGGUAGACACGCGAUAAAAUUCAAAUUGCAUCCACCCACCGACAAGCCGAGUGGUCCCCCCGCUACACCGCCCCCGGCGGCGGUACCGGCCUUUGUGUGGCCAGCUGAUGAACGGGCGAGGCCUGCGUGGAUCGCGUCGACGCCGCGAAAAGACGCCGACCCAACCGCCUCGCAAUCCCCACUUUCCCCCUUUGAAUGGACCUGCAAGUCGUCUUUUGGGGCGCACACCAUGCCGGUCGCCAACCUCGCCCUGCAUCAGUGCAAACCCGCCGUGGCGAGCUGCAGUGAUGACUGCACUUGGAAGCUGUGGACUCUCCCGCAGGGUGAGCUGAUUCUGUCGGGAAGCCAUAAAAACUGGGUCUCGAGCAUUGCCAUGCACCCAACUGGGGCCAUGGUGGCCACUGGGUCCGGGGAUAAAACCGUGAAGCUCUGGGACUUUGCCACGAAUCGCUGCUCCGCGACGCUGCAGGCUCACACGGAUGGGGUGUGGUGUGUGGACUUCCAGGAGACGGGCCGGCUGUUGGCGAGCGGGGCCUUGGAUUGCACGACGCGGGUGUGGGAUGUGGAGAAGGGGCUUUGCUUGCAUUCGCUGCGUGGCCAUAUGGAUGGGGUUAACAGCGUGCGGUGGCUACCUUAUACGAAUCUUCUGUGCACAGGCAGUGGGGACAAAACCGUGUCGGUUUGGGACGCUCGGAUGAAUUUCUGCGCCAACACCCUCUACGGACACCGAAAUGCCGUACGCUGUGUGGUUCCGUUGUUGGGGAAUACCCACGCGGACACCGACACUGCGCUUGUCUCGUGCGAUUCGGAGGGUGUGGUGAAGGUUUGGGAUCUUCGAAAAAUGGAGCCACGGCACACCGUGAGCUGCGCCCCGGGUCCAGCCAAUAGCCUUGCAGUAGAUGGUACCGGACGGUUUGUCGGCGUUGCGAUGGAUGACGGACGAAUUCGCAUGCUCCGAUUCUUACCGGGGGCUGAAGACAGAGGUAGGGAUGGCGGCGGUAAUAGUAAAAAUGUCGCUGAGUACAACUUAUUAGGGCAUGAGGGUCCUGUGCAAUGCAUCGCAUUUGAUCCUUCAACGAGUGGGUUUUUAGUAAGCUGUGGUUCUGAUGGGACUAUACGUUACUGGAGUUGA